CCCAGCGGCGCGAGAAAUUCAAAUCUCGAUUUCGGAUUAACAAAUUCAAAUUUCAUGGCAAGACCCCAGAAUUAUCCGGUGAUUUACUCAGGUAAUCAGGGGAUGCAGGUGCGAAUUCCAGCCAGAGAAUUUCCAGGAUUUAAUUCUUUCUACAAAAAGGGCCCAAGACCCAUUCAGCCGUAUCAGCCCUUGUCCUCUCAGCCGCAAUUGCAUUUCAGUCAUCAGGUGAAUAAUCCAGGAAAAAUCAGGAAUCAGGGGGAAAUGGAGAAUGACCUCGAGGGAAAUCCAGUCGCUGGGAGGGGUACACCAGGGAGGGAUGUUGCAUUCAUCCCCAGUAACUUUGGCAAUACUCAUCUCAUGACCCCAUUCACGAGUUAUUCGUUUGAAGUGCCCACUUCGGGAAUAUUCAAUGAUUAUGACAAAACUUUCGCCAAGUACACGCCGUCAGUUCUGUCUGAAGUGGAAAAAGAAAAAGUCGAUGGGCAUUCUGACAAUUCCCCCGAUUCCCAUGGGAAUGAAGAGGAAAAUAAAGAGAAGGAUGAGAAAUCAGUCACCGAAGAUCAGUCAGAGGAAGUUUCGGCUUCUCACGAACAAUAUAAUGACGAGGAAGGUGAAAGUCAUAAUGAACGGCGGGGAAAAAAUUCGAGAAAAAGAGAGGAAAAUGAUCACAGGGAUAAGUACGACAAAAACGGUGGCUAUGAUUUUGAGAGGGAAUUCGAGGAAUCGUACAAGCAGAAAGCUUUUGAAGAUUCAGAGACCCGUGACGCUGAUGAACGGCGAAAAGGGCAGGAGAGGACGUCUUCAAGACCUAGAAAAGCUCGUCGAGAUAGAAAAGGGCGUGAUGAUACUCCAAAUCGGGCACAAUGUCACGAAUCUCCGUCAUUCGUGAGUGGCGACAGUCGUGAGUCCUCGAAGAGUGAUAAGAAAAGACUCCCUGGAAGACCCACCUUCGGUCACAAAAUUCUCCACCGACGACCUUCGAGGUUUACCUCCCAUGAAUCUAGUGAUGGUGCAUCCUCCGGUAAAUCCAGAGUGUCCGAUAAAUCCGGGGAUUUCCCGAAUCAGUCGAACCGGAAAAUCCCACCACCAUCUCCAAGUCAGAACAGUAGUUCCCAUUAAUUCAUAUCUUCGAUAUUUAAAUCACCAAAAAAAUCAAACUUUAUUUUAAGAAUUGUUUUGAAUUUUGAAAG